AAGUGUCACGUGGGCGAGGAGAACGCCAAGGGGAAAAACAACGCGGUUCUCCGCAGAGGAAGUAGCAGGACUAAAGCACUACUUCCUGUUUUUUCCUUACGUCACCAGCGCGCGCCGGUGACGGCUCCCUGGUUUGGUGUCGACUGCGUUUUUCCGUUACAGAAACGAACAGAAGGCAGAAAUGGCGGUGCUGGUGAGGGAUCCGUUGGCUUCUAGAACAGAAUUGGUGUUGUUGCCGGCUGGAGAUGGUUCGGUGCGAAGUUUGCUUUUCGCUCGUUGCGAAGCACUGGGCUUUGAAGAAGAGCACUUCUAUGUCAAGUGUAAUGGCCGAUGUGUUAAUUCUGAAGAUGCACUACAGCAUGGCGCUGUCUACAAUCUGGAACCCAGAUUGUGUGGUGGAAAGGGAGGUUUUGGAUCUAUGCUGCGAGCACUUGGUGCUCAGAUUGAAAAAACAACAAACCGAGAAGCUUGUAGAGAUCUUAGUGGAAGGAGGCUUCGCGAUGUGAACCAUGAAAAAGCAAUGGCUGAAUGGGUGAAGCAGCAAGCAGAACGUGAAGCAGAAAAGGAGCAAAGGCGCCUGGAAAGGCUGAAACGUAAACUUUCUGAGCCAAAGCAUUUUUUCACAAAUCCAGACUAUCAGCAGCAAUGUCAUGAGAUGGCAGAGAGGCUGGAAGACUCUGUUCUUAAAGGAAUGCAGGCAUCUUCCAGCAAGAUCGUGUCACCAGUAAGCCAUGAAAAUCGAAAGCGCCCAAAGGAUUCUGAGAGUGGAACAACUUCUGAGAAGAAAAGGUGUCUUUGGCUGGGGGUGGAAGGAUUGGAAGAUCCUAAUAGUUCUCCAGAUGGCAGUGACAGCGAAGGUGACGAAGCUCCUGGUACAUCAGGAAGUUGCAAGGCUUUGACUAGUGACCAUUUCAAAAUGGCUUCAGGCACAGGGCAGUGGCCUGGUGGUUCAGAGAAUUCUGUAAGUUGCUGUUCAGUCUCUGACACUUCAGAAGAGUCACAAGAGGAAACAGAAACCUCUGGGAAAGAUCUGGUAGAGGAGUUGCUUAGUGGUGAAACUGCUGUUGAUGAGAACUAUGAAGCAGCCAAGACCCUGACAGAAGGAGAGCAAGCAGAUGCCUCAAAGUGUCAGCAAGCUGUUAGCCAGCUACAAGAGCAUGAAACUGCAACAAUAAAUCUGCUGGAAUUCUACUCUGUAACUGAACUGGAAGCCCUUGGGUUAGAAAAGCUAAAGCUUGAACUGAUGGCAUUGGGGCUAAAAUGUGGAGGCACAUUACAGGAAAGAGCAGCAAGGCUUUUCUCAGUGAGAGGUCUGACUAGAAGUGAGAUUGACCCUGCUUUAUUUGCAAAGUCUUCAAAAGGGAAAAAGAAAUAAUCUGUACUGGAGUUUUUAACAUUUAGGUUUCACGGUUUGUUAUAUUGGCAUUUGUAUAAUGACUUGAGUGCUUUGGAAAAUAUUGUGUUUUUACAUGAAGUGGUUCUUAUGUCAAAAGUAAGGCUAGAAAUCUUUGUGCCCACACUUGCCCCAUCCUUGAUUUUUCUGCCUGCACCAUUUGCACUGGAAGAUCAGGAUCAGAUGCUUCUGAUCAGGAAGGUAGUACUUUUUAACACAUUGCUUGGACCAAACUAAGUGGUGAAAUUUUUGAAGUGAUAAGAUAGGGGAAAAUAAACACUGAAUGACAUUCUAAGAGAUGGGUAGCAGAAGGAGAGAAGAUGCAGUGAAGCACCACAAAUAAAAAAAAGACUCAAGCUUCUGACUUCAUAGCGAAUCAUCAGUCCAUUAGCCGUAUCCAUCUUCAUCUUUGUUACAUUAAAAUAAAGUUUAAAUAAUAAUCGAAUUUGAGGGAAAGCUGUUACACUUAAAUUUGUGGCAAUGUUCACUUGAGCUGGCUCCUGUUGUAAUCAUAUGUUGUGUGCUUGGAAGCAAACACUGAAACUGUGUAACAAUAUCAAUUUUAGGUGGCUUAGCUGCUGAUGAAUUCCAAAUAUUCCAAGAGUUUCUAAUAUCAGUGAAAAUAGUUUCUGUAAAAAGCAACAUGUAAGCUUGAGUCAACUAUCUUAUUCAUCUACUCCUUGGGUUAGGAGAUUUGACCAGAACAUAUCCAGAAGUUAGAUCCAAGAUUACAGCUUUUCCCCAUCAACAUUAAAACAUAAAAUAGUAAUUAAUUUACAAAAACCCUACAGAAUACAAGCAAGAAAAUUCAAGAAAGUGGGCCUUAAUGUAUGUCCUGAUUAUUAUUGCGGACUCUGUGCAGUUCUUUAAGGGCCAGCUUCUUACAACUUUAAAAUGUUCAAGCAUGUUCCUACAAGUAUGUACAGCAAUAAACUUUUGGUAUAUAA